AUAAACAAUCAUCAAUUUAAUCUUUAAAUGAUAUUUGAUUAUUACCAUGUCGGUGAUAAUAGAAACAUCGAUUGGGGAUGUAACAGUGGAUCUUUUCACUGAAGAAAGACCAAGAUGUUGUUUGAAUUUUCUGAAACUCUGCAAGAUCAAGUAUUAUAAUUUUUCACUUUUCCAUACAGUUCAGCCCAAUGUUGUUGCUCAGACAGGAGAUCCAACAGCCACUGGGAGAGGGGGAGAGUCAAUAUUUGGGAAACUCUAUGGUGAACAAGCAAGAUUUUUUGAUAUGGAAGUUAUACCACAAAUCAAGCAUUACAAAAAGGGUUUAAUUUCAAUGGUUAACAAUGGCAGUGGCAUGCAUGGAUCUCAGUUUUUCUUUACACUUGCCGACAACCUUGACUAUCUGGAUGGCAAGCAUACAGUUUUUGGGGAAGUGGCUGAAGGCUUCGAGAUUUUAGAUAAAUUUAACAACACAUUCUGUGGGGAGGACAACAGACCUCAUCAAGACAUCAGAAUUUAUCACACAAUAAUUCUUGAUGAUCCUUUUGAUGAUCCUGACAACUUAGACAUACCAAGCAUGUCUCCAGGACCCACUGAGGAGAUGUUGAAUAGUGACCACAUCCCAUGUGAUGCCAACAUUGAUGAAGACAAAGAUAAGACACAGGAAGAGCUAAGGGAAAUGAUGGCAGAAAAAGAAGCCAAAGCAAACACACAGAUUUUAGAAAUGGUUGGUGAUUUACCGGCAGCAGACGUGGCUCCACCUGAGAAUGUUUUGUUUGUGUGUAAACUGAAUCCCGUCACAACAGCUGAAGACCUGGAGAUUAUCUUUUCUAGAUUUGGUCCUAUAGUCAGUUGUGAAGUCAUAAAGGAUUCAAAAACUGGAGAAUCCUUGCAAUAUGCUUUCAUUGAAUUUGAAUGCGAAGAACACUGUGAAAGUGCUUACUUUAAAAUGGACAAUGUGUUGAUCGAUGACAGACGUAUCCAUGUUGACUUCAGCCAGUCUGUGUCCAAGUUAAAAUGGAAGGGCAAAGGUAAAGGAGUCGACAUCUUAGAGACUGGUGACGCUCCUGUUUAUGUUUUGAAAAAUCAGCAAAGAAAAAAUGAUGGAUAUGAGUUGGUGUAUGAGGAUGAACCUGGAGAUAAAACUAAAGCAAAAGUAGAGAAAAAGAAGAAGAAAAGAUCUACACGUUCAGAGUCGGAAGAAGACAGAGAGAAAUAUAACAAGAAAGAGAAAAAAAGACCAAGAAGUCACAGUGCCAGCCCAGAUGUCAGAAAAAGAACUGAAGUUAACCAAAGCUAUUCUAGGAAUGAAGAUAGAAGGAGGGAUGAAUACAGAGACAGACGGAAAGAAGAGAGUGAAAGAGGGAGGGAAAAUACAAGAAGACAAGAGGAAGAUAAUGAGAGGAGAGAGUGGAAUGGAAAGAGGUCGAGAGAGGAUGACAGCAGGAGAAGAGAUGAGAGGAGCAGUAGAAGAGAAGAAUAUGAACGAAUUCCUAGAAGAAAUGAUGACAGAGAGAAAGAGAGAGAAAAGAACAAAAGAGGUCGUGACGAUAGGGAUGAUAACAGAUACAACAAUAAAUCAAGACAAGACAGGAGUAAAUAUGACAGAAGAAAUGAUUCUAGUGACGAGGAGGCCAUUAGAGGCUACUCAUCAAAGAAAAGUAACUCUAAUGAUGACAUAUACAGCAGAAACACAUCACACAGCAAAAGUCAGCAAGCCAGAAGUAAAUAUGACAAGGGCAAUUCAGCUGGCCAAGAACAAACAAGGGAAGGCUACUCAUCAAAGAGAGGUAAUUCUGAAGACAGUGACACUGUCCAACAAAAAAGGAGUAAAAAAAAGAAAAAAGACAAGAACAAAAGACAGACAGUAGAAAGUAAUGACAGUGAGUCCUCAGAGUCCAAUUCUAGAAAGAAAAAGUCUGAGAGUGCAAGUAAAAAAAAGAAAAAGUCUAAAAAGUCACACAAGUCGAGAAGACAGUCUACAAGCUCAUCAGAAGAUUGAUUUUGGAAAUCAUUUAGCCAUGUUUGUAAAGUACAUUGCAGCUUUUUUGUACAAAAAAAUAUUUUUUUUUAUUGUAUGACUAAUGCAAUUUUUAAAAAUAAAUAUUGACAGAUCAA